ACCCCAACAACAACCCCUACCAUUACCCCAACAACAACCCCUACCAUUACCCCAACAACAACAACAACAACUACAACAGAAAGUCCAACAACCACAACUACGCCAACAAUUCCAUCCACAACAACAAAAGUAACAGAGGAAGUUACAACUGGUCCAGAAUCAACAGCAUCUACUACCACAACAACAACAACAACAACAACAACAACCACCACAGAAAGUCCAACAACAACUACAGCAACAACAUCAAACCCAACCACAACUCCUACCAUUACCCCAGGCACAACCCCAACCAUUACCCCAACAACAACUCAUAUCACGACCCCUACCACUCCCCCUACCAUUACCCCAACAACAACCCCUACCAUUACCCCAACAACAACCCCCAUCAUUACCCCAACGACAGCCCCUACCACUACCACAAGCCCUACCACGUUAUGUUUUUGCACAUACAAAAAUCUACAUUUCCCUGCUGGUUCCUUGAUAUAUAAUGAGACUGAUGGGGCAGGCUGGUGUUUCACAUCCUACUGUAACUCAAGUUGUGUUGUUGAGAAACAAGCCAGACCAUGUCCCUCUACGACCCCAGCUACAUUCAGCACUGUCUCAGCUACAGUCAGCACUGUCUCAACUACAGUCAGCACUGUCUCAACAACAACAGAAGCUACACAUUCUACAACAUCUACAUUGUCCCCGACUAUACCUUACACGGGCUGUGAAUAUGUCAUUCCACCAAGAAAGGAUGGUGAGACUUGGAAGACAGACAACUGCACUACUCAGACUUGCCACAGGGGUGUAAUUACCACGACGUUUGUGGUCUGUGAGUCUGUUGAAAAGCCUGUGUGUGAAAAUGGAUACCCACCAGUGAAAGUCUAUGACGAAUCAGGUUGCUGCUAUCACUACGAAUGUGAAUGUAUAUGCUAUGGAUGGGGAGACCCUCAUUACGUCACAUUUGAUGGCCAAUAUUACAGUUUCCAGGAAAACUGCACCUACGUUUUGAUUAAAGAAAUAGUUCCUCGACAGAACUUCAGUGUCAUCAUCGACAACUAUAACUGCGAUCCGUCUGGACAUGCGACCUGCCCUCAGUCUCUGAUUGUCUAUUACAAGUCCUAUAAAAUCGUUCUUACUCCGAAGAGAUUAAACGUGAAAACAAAUAUGGUUUACAUCAAUGGAAAUCAGAUCUUCCCGACCUUUUCUAAUGAAGACCUCAUGAUCACCAGCACUGGGGUGGAGUUACUGUUGAAGAUCCCUGCCAUUAAAGCAACAGUGAUGUUUAAGUCCCUUAUGUUCAGUGUAACCCUGCCAAACUCCCUGUUCCACAACAACACAGAGGGGCAGUGUGGUACCUGUGACAAUAUCAGGAAAAACGAUUGCAGAUUACCAAAUGGAAAGAUUGACCCAUCAUGUCCUGGGAUGGCUCAUGAAUGGAAGAUUCCUGAUGUUAAAAAACCCUACUGUGAACGGCAACCCCCUACCCUACCUACCCCUAAGCCUCCAACCUGCCCGUCAGGAAAGACAUCAAUCUGUGACAUCAUACUUAGCCCGGUCUUUAAGCAAUGCCAUGACGUUAUCCCACAACAACCCUUCUUCGAGGCCUGUAAGUUUGAUGUCUGCCACAUGCCAAAUAUCUCAAUCGGCUGCUCCAGCCUGGAAGCCUACGCCGUGAGGUGUGCAGCAGCUGGAGUCUGUAUCGACUGGAGGAAAUCAACUAAUGGAACAUGUGAACUGACAUGCCCUAAGACCAAAGUGUAUAAGGCAUGUGGCUCUACUAUCCAGCCAACAUGCAAUUCAAGAUACAAUGACAAAUAUGUGCAUUCAUGUCAAGGAGCACAAAUGACCCGUGACUUUGUAUGUGACUCAUUCAUGGAGGGCUGUUUCUGCCCUGAGGGUACCAUCUUGUUCAACACAUUCUCUGACACCUGUGUUCGUGACUGUGGAUGCACAGGACCUGAUGGAAAACCCAAACAGUUUGGUGAGACUUGGUACAGUAACUGCCAGAAGUGCACGUGUAAUGCUGACACACUGAGUGUCCAGUGUGAACCAGUGAAAUGUCCGCCCCAAGAAAUUGUUACCUGUAAGAAGUACGGGGAGGUGUUGGUCAACGAGACGGUGGACUGCUGUCAGAUAAAUACAUGUGUGCCCAAACCUGUUUGUGUCCACAACAAUACUGAAUACACGCUUGGUGAAAAUGUUCCCAACGGUACCUGUGAGGAGUGCAAGUGUGGUCCUAAAAAGGAUCCAGUCUCCAAGCUAUAUGUUGUUGAGUGUGCCCAAAUCAACUGUUACACCACCUGCCCAAAGGGUUAUGAGUAUGAAGUCGUACCUGAGAAAUGUUGUGGAACGUGUGUGCAGAAGGACUGUGUUGUCGGUCUCCCAGAUGCCACAUCUCACAUCAUUCAGCUUGGGAAGUUUUGGUCGCCCCCUAGUGACCGCUGUGUGAAGUAUGAAUGCACAAAGACAAACAACCAGCUCAUCCUUGUGGAAUCCAAAUUUGAAUGCCCAGUGUUCCGUCCAGAGGACUGCGUCCCUGGAACUGAGAAAACGGAUGCAAAUGGAUGUUGCACAACCUGCACUUUAAUCAGUCACUGUGAUGUGAAGAACACCACCACCUACCUUGAGGUGAAUAACUGCAGGUCCUCUGUGCCGGUGGAAAUCUCAGCCUGCGGGGGAUCCUGUGGAACAUCUUCUAUGUACUCUGCAGAGAAAAACACCCUGAUGCACUCCUGCUCCUGCUGUCAAGAGAUGUCUACCAGUGAGAGGAAGGUGGAGAUGGUCUGCCCUAAUGGGAAGAAGAUCAUGCAGUCCUACAUUUACAUUGAUAAGUGUGGCUGCCAUGACUCGGAGUGUGACAAGAAGAACCACUUAGAUUAGGCCUUGAAGAAUGAAGUCUUUUGAAGUGUUCUUAUUUACCUGCAUGGAAUAUUCAAUAGUUUUAUCUAAAGGGAACCAAUAGGGUCUGUCUCAUUAUCAUAUAGGCUACU